AUGAAUGCUUUGGAGCUUGCUCGAGAACUGGUAAACCAACAGGAAACGGACGAGGCCUUCUUUAUCUGCGACUUGCGAGACUUGGAGCAAAAGAUGAAACUGUGGCAGCAGGAGUUGCCACAAGUGACACCAUACUACGCCGUAAAAGCGUGUACGGAUCCGGUUAUUCUUCACACCAUGAAGUCACUUGGGGUUGGUUUCGACUGCUCUAACAAGAGAGAGUUGAAGACAGUGCUCGACAUGGGCGUAACACCCGAUCGCAUCGUGUACGCCAACACAGUCAAGAGUACUUCCCACUUGAAGUACGCCUCUGAGCACGGUGUUACCUUGAUGACAUUCGACUCUGCAGAAGAACUGGUGAAGAUGGAUGACAAGAAUGCAAGGUUCCAUGUGGGAUGCGCCUACACUGAUCCGGACAUCUUCGUCCACACCAUUGAACACGUCAAGCGCGUCUUUGACUUGGGCACCGAAAUAGGAUUUCGAAUGAACGUGCUAGACAUCGGCGGUGGAUUUCCAGGAGGAGUUAGAAAGCAGGAUGCGAUGGCCGAGGUGUGCGGGGCCAUUCGGUCCGCAAUCGACAGGCACUUUCCGCCGUCCAGCGGGGUGAAGAUCAUCGCCGAACCGGGCCAGUUCUUCGUCACGGCAGCGUACAGCCUGGUCGUCCGAGUCGUCGGCAAGAGACAGAGGGAGAUCAGCAUCGAUGGUCUGGUGCGCUCGCACGUGGAUGUCUUCAUCAACGAAAGUAAUAACAACUGCGUCUGCGCAAAUCUCUACCAGUUCCUGGAUAUUCAGCUCUAUCCCUUGAAGCCUCCGUUCGACCGACCCCGCAAUGUUCUCACAUCGCUGUGGGGAGCCACCUGCAAUCCAAUUGACCGCAUGGAGGAAAGGACGCUCAUGUUCGACGUCUCGGUGGAUGAGUGGCUCUUCAUGGACAACAUGGGCGCCUACAGUCUGAUCGGUGUCACGGGUUUCAAUGGCUUCGGCUUCCCCUUCGUCAAGUACAUCACCACCGCGGACAAGAAGCCGUCCGUUCAACGAAUCGUGGAUUCGAUGGUGAUGAGAGGAGGUUACGGUCAGGUCGAGGAAGCGAUCAUGGCUCGCCAUCCAAGCGGGCGCAUCACGGUCGCCGACGCAGGUGGCGACAAAACGGCUUAA